GUAGAAAAUAUAUAUAUUGUUUGUAAAAAGCAAUAAAUAUUGAAUAAAUAAAUAAAGCCCCAAAAGAAGAUAGACUGAUAGAGUAAGCCUUUGGACAACCUCUCUCCUUCUUCCAUUUCUCUCUCUCUCUGGUUUUUUUCUCAAGCAUUUGAUGACUGUGGUCCUCAAACAAGAUCCACAACCAUUCAUUCCUCUCUUUUCUCCUCCAUUAUUAUCACUCUGUACUCUCCUCUGUUUCUUCCUUCUGAGACCAAGCAAUGAGUAAAGAAGAGUUCUUAAAGAUCCAGAAAUGUGUUCUUAAAGUGAAUAUACACUGUGAUGGGUGUAAGCAGAAGGUUAAGAAAAUCUUGCAGAAAAUUGAUGGGGUUUUCACUACGGAAAUAGAUGCAGAGCUAGGGAAGGUAACAGUUUCUGGAAAUGUAGACGCGGCUACUCUGAUUAAAAAACUCUCGAAAUCAGGGAAAUAUGCAGAGCUUUGGGGAGCUCCGAAGGUUAAUCCCAACAAUAACAAUGGCGGCCAACAAAACCAUCUCGCGAAUCAGAUGAAAAAUUUGCAGAUUGAGAAUGGUAAAAGUGGGAGUAAUAACAAACAGGGGCCUCCAAAGGGUGGGAACAAUCAGCCGAAAUCGGGCGGCGGUGGCGGCGGCGGCGGCGGAGGUGGAGGUGGUGGUGGGGGUGGGCCACCGCAGAUUCUGCCGCAGCAGCUUCAACAGCUGCAGCAAUUGCAGCAGCAGAUGAAUGGGUUUCCGUUUCAAGAUCCGAAGAUGUUGCCACCGCAGUUGAAGGGUGUGAAAAUGCCGCCGUUUAAAGAUCCGAUUCCGGCAAAUCAGAAGGCAGUGAAGUUCGAUUUGCCGGAGGAUGGUGAUCUGACUGAUGACGAUGAUUUGGAUGAUGAGUUAUUUGAUGAUGACGAGUUUGAUGAUGAUGAACUUGAAGAUGAUUUGGAUGAUAUUCCUCUUCCUCCGAGUAAAAUGAAGACGGUCAUGGGUGGUGUCGGCGCUGGCGUCGUUGCCGGAGGUGGCGGAGGCGGAGGCGGAGGCGGUGGAGGUCAGAUGCCAAACAUGACGAUGAUAAAUGGGAAUAUUAAUAUGCAGCAACUAAUUAAUGCUCAGAAGGCUGCUGCCAAUGCAGCAGAUAAGAAGGGCGGCGGUGGCGGAGCUAUGCCAAUGCCAAUGCCCGUGAAUGGAAUGGGCGGUGGAAACGACGGUAAAGGCGGAAAUGGAGGGAAAAAAGGUAGUGCCGGCGGUGGCGUGGUGGGGAGGCGGCGGUGCUGGCAAAAAUGUGGGGGAAAAACGGUGAAGCCAGAAUGGUAAUAACAAUGGUGGGUCUCAAAAGAACGGCGGCAAUAGUGGCGGCGGCGGCGGUCCUAUUAAUAAUGGCAACGGCGGAAAAAAGGCCGGUGGUGAAAUUGCUCACGUAAUGAACGGUGGUGGUCCCCAUGGUUUUCCGGGCAUGGGUGGUCCUCACGGGUUGUCAGCAGGAGGAAUGGCCGCCGGGGUGCUGGCGGCCGGCCGAUGAACAUGAACGUGCCAAUGGCACAAAUGGGGAACAUGCAAAUGAGUCAAAUGGGUUCCAUUCCGGCCGUCCAAGGCCUCCCGGCGGCCGCCAUGAACGGCGGCGGACCCGGCAGCCGUAUUUUCAAGGAGCUCCCGGACCAGCGGAGGCAAUGGGCGGCAACCCAUACCAACAGCAACAGCAAUAUAUGGCAGCAAUGAAUCACCAACGCGCCGCCAUGGCAAACCAAGCAAUGAUGUACGCGCGGCCACCACCCGCCGUGAACUACCUGCCACCGUACCCAUACCCGUAUCACCAGCCGCCACCGGCCGGCGACAAUUACACCCACUUUUUCAGCGAUGAAAACACUGCAAGUUGCAAUGUAAUGUGAAAAAAGAAAAGGAAAAAAGGAAAAAAAAAAAACUCAGCCAGAAUUUGAAGAGCUUUGCCACCAUAAUUAGAGCUCUAAUAUUAUGGUGAUGAAAUUCUGGUUUCUGGUUUUCAUGACAGAUUAAAAAUGUUCAGUUUAUAGUUUUCAUCAGGAGAGCUUAAAAAAAGAAAAAAAAUUAGAAGUUUGAUGAUGUUGUUAUCAUAAUAUACUUGGGAAUGGUUUUUAAUUUUCAGUAAAAUCUCUCCAAUUAAUCUGUUCUUUCUU